CCCAUAUUAGAUACAUCCGACUUUUUGGUUGGGGGGGAUGUCUCGUCACAUGCGUACCGGAGAUGUGGAGGCGCGACAGCCUCUUCUUCUCACCGGAGGUCACCUGGAGCCAAACGAGCUGGAGUCAGAUGAAGGUGAAAUCAUUUUUGACAGGAGCACAUCAAACAUUGAACAUGAAGCCAGGGGGAGCGCACAGAGAAGAUUAACAUAUGAGGAAGCUGUAGAGGAAGCAGGUUUUGGUUUGUUUCACUGGCUGUUGUUGGUUGUUUGCGGUUGGGCCAACGCCAGUGAUGCCGUGGAGAUUCUCUGUGUGUCUUUCCUCCUGCCAACGGCUCGCUGUGAUCUGCUGCUGAGCUCUUCGGACAAGGGCCUGCUGACUGCCAGCAUUUUCCUUGGAAUGAUGGUGGGUGGCUACAUGUGGGGUUACUUGGCCGACCAGAGGGGGCGUCGCAGAGUGUUGGUUCUGUCCCUGACAGUAAACGGGCUGUUUGGAGGUCUGGCCAGCGUGGCUCCAUGGUUCUGGCUCUUCUUGCUGCUGCGGUUUGUCAGCGGCAUCGGGGUCGGUGGGUCGAUCCCCGUUAUCUUCUCAUACUUCUCAGAGUUUAUGCCCCGGCUGAGGAGAGGAGCAAUGAUCAGCGCUCUGGCCACCUUCUGGAUGGCAGGAAACAUCCUGGCUGCAGGUCUGGCCUGGCUGGUGAUUCCCAGAACCUGGGCACAUUUCUCUCUGGGAACACUGGACUUCCAGAGCUGGAGACUGUUUGUGGUGCUCUGCUCCGUUCCCAGCCUCACCUCAGCUCUCGUCUUCAGGCUGCUCAUGCCUGAAAGCCCCAAGUUCCUCAUGGAGGCUGGUCGGGAGACAGAGGCGAUCCGUGUCUUCAGAUUGAUGUUUGAGCUGAACAUGAGGGGGAAAAGAAAGGCUUUCCCGGAAUUUGGUUUGUGUACGAGCUCCAAGCACAGAGGGGAACCGGAGGAGACCAGAGCUCGGGGUUCAUGUAGAGAGCGACUUGCCAGUAUUUUAAAAAAGGGCCUGGUGCCCAUUAAACAGAUGUUUAAAGGACCUCUCAAAUCCAGGAGCAUCGCUCUACUCAUCAUCUUCUACUGCAUCUCCUUCAGUUACUACGGGCUGUGGAUGUGGCUCCCGGAGCUGUUUUCGAGAGUUGAGGCCGGCGGUUCGCCCUGUGCCAAUGUGUCCCUCCCAUCUCCACUUCACAACCAAAGCUGCUACCCAGUCAAGACAGCAGUGUAUAUGGAGGGCUUCAUCACUGCUGCAUCAAACCUGCCAGGCAACAUCUUCACCAUCCUGAUGAUGGACAGCACUGGAGGAAAGGCACUGCUGUCCUGCAGCCUGGUGGUGUCCAGCCUGAGUGUCUUCCUCAUCUAUGUAGUCCAAACCAAAGCCCAGAGUGUGGUCCUCUCCUGUGUCUUCAGUGGUGUGUCCGUGAUCGCCUGGAACGCCCUGGACGUGGUGGGAACAGAGCUCUACCCGACGCAGCUACGGUCCUCCGCUCUUGGUUUCUUCACGGGCGUGGGCCGAGUGGCGGCCAUCAUGGGUAAUGUAGUCUUUGGAAAGUUGGUGGACUCGAACUGUGCCGUGCCGAUCCUGAUGGUUUCUGCUCUGCUGCUGACCGGAGGACUGGUGGGUCUACUGCUUCCACAGACCAGACAAACUGAGCUCACCUGACAUUUCAAAUUAAUACUUAGCCAACAUCCUCUUAAUGGCCUUAGGGAAGGAGAAUGGAGAAUUUCUGUCUUUCAGGUUCUCUGAUAGUGUAUCUCCUGUUUCAAUCCUGUGCCUUUUGUUGUGCCUCAUUUAAAAUGCCAACAAAGAGAAAAAAUGUCAAGACUGUCAAGGACAGGUUUUUAAAAUUUGUCAGUCUCUAAACUUUACAAAAGCCUCACCUCCUUGUGUAGUCAAAAAAGCAGAGGCUGAUGUUGGCCUCAUUUAUAGAAAAGAAAAAAAAUGUCCCUGAAUGUUUUUGUCGCCUUGAACUGAGAAGACGCUUGAAGGAUGUUUUAGGCUUUUAUGAAGUGUUUGAUUAUUUGGUUUCACAGGAGUUAUUUUCAGGCUCUCUGCCCUACACACCCAGUGUGAUAAAUCAACAAACACCUGUGACUUCGAGUUUAGAACUUGUCAGUUAAAAAAACAAACUUUUUAGAUUUUAAAAAAUGGGAAAAAAAAGUUGUAGAUUGAGAUUAGUCUUUACUUCAGAAGUGUUUCUGUACCAGAUCUGUCAAACUGGACCACACCAGUGAAUCAUUCCUACCGUAAACCAAAGAUCGUUAAUUUCAGAUCACAACCUUUACCUUGUAAAGGUUUUCAAAUUACUUUGAGACAACUGAAGCACUUUUUUCCAAAGAAAUUAAAAAAAAAAAAUAAACACUACUGUUUAUCUCAGGCGUGUCUGUUUUGAUGUCAUAUUAUUUGUACAUGCACUAUCAUACAGUUCAGAUUGUACUGUGUUCAGAUCCUUUUUAAGUAAAAGUACAAAUACAACAGUAAAAAUACUUCACUACAAGCAGACGUCCUGUAUUCAAAAACCUAACAAAGCAAAAGUAUGUUAUUAUCAGCAAAUGUUUUCAGGAAACUGUUUUCCAAAUUUAAAAAAUCACACCAUACGAGGGAAAACCGGUGGAGAAAAUACAGGAGAAUUUACAACUUCCCUUUUUUUGGUUGUAACUCAAACUGCCACUCUUUUGAUCUCUACAUAUUAACUCUUCUCUCGUUUAAUAGAACUGUCAGUUUGAGAUUAAACAGCACGGCGGUGCAGGGGCUUUUCUUUCUUCAGCUGGGCAGAAGGACAAAAGACGCAAACACUGUAUCUGUAUUUUUUUUAUUUGUAUAAUAAAUAAACUUGUAAUACUUCAGGACCACAUUUCACAACCACACACAGGGUAUGAUAAACCAUACUUUGGAUGUUUGAAAGCCAAUACAGGUAAAAUGAAUUUGCCAGGCAUGAAUUAUGAUUUGGAAAAUCAUUUUAUGCAACCGUUUCUGUGAAAACUGACUUUUUCCUCAUUGGAUGUUUACCUUAAAACUAGAAUUUCCUACACUUUAAUUAUGUUAAUGACUGAAUGUGCAGCAGUGACUGGAAAUUUCAGGUCUGAGUGGUUGAAUGGUAAACAAUGCAACAGGUAAAAAAAAAAGGCCAAAAUAAAACCGUCCAACACGGCUGCUCAGUUUUCUGUGAUGAAGGUUGGUGUUUCGCUGUUCUGUAUUCCUUUGGUAAAACACAACAGUAAAGCAGCAAUAAAUUAAUACAGAUAAAAAAAAAAAAAAAAAAGUGCAGCCACUGGACACAUGAGGGUCCAUAACAACAAA